AUCAAAACCACGCCUCUGUGGUUGACUCCCCUCCUGUCUGUGGCUCAAUAGACUCAGAUCUGAGAAAUCAGCCACCCGUUGACAGCUGCCCUGUGAGGAUGUCUGUUCAGCUCGGGACAGACCCUGCCCUGUCAGGGCUGCCCCAAGAGCCAAAUUCUUCAAGCCAGGAAGAAACACUGAACACCUACAGCCAUCCAGAGAAACAGUGUGAAUGUGGGUCCUACAGAACCGAGUCAGACUGGAGAACAUCCCCCAAGGUGCGUGUUCUCACUCAGAGUGUGUUCCUGGGGAUCCUCACCUUGAACCUGGCUGGAGCAGUGACUGUUCUCAGUGCAAGACCCCCUUUCCCUGAGCCGGAAUUCUCCCACGUGUGCCCAGACACCUGGCCUGGUUUCCAAGGAAAAUGUUAUCAUUUUUCUGAGGCUGAGGGCAACUGGACCACGGGCCGGGCAAGGUGUGAGGCCCUGGGAGCUUCCCUGGCCACCAUAAGCACCAGGGAGGAACUGGCCUUCCUUCUGCACUAUAAAGGUGAAGCAAACCACUGGAUCGGGCUGAGAAUGAGGGAUAACAGCUGGGAGUGGAUCAAUGGCACGGCCUUGAACGGCAGGUUUGAGGUGAGGGGUGUGGGGCCCUGUGGGUACCUCGAUGACGGAUGGAUCAGCUCAUCCCUGUGCCACACGGAAAAGAACUGGAUCUGCAGCCGCCCCGACGACUAUGAACUCUGGAAGGGGAAAUUAAGAGACCCCAAACCAGGACUUUCAACCUAAAUCUCUGGCCAGAUGAGGGAUGUUCACCCCAGCACUGCAACUGAAAUAUUCGGGGUGAAUCUAAAAAAUCAGGUAUAAGGA